AGUUUUCUUCACAUUACUGCAGUGGUAACUUGCGUAAACAGUUUCUUUCCAUGGAUUUGUAAUAAAUAAUGUAUAAAAUAUGAAGCAUCUUGCGUUGAAAAUAACAGUUUACUAUUGGCUUUUGUCGUCCGCUGUCGAUUGCAAAGGUGCAGGCUCAAAAAUUAGAAAAAAUAAAAAGCCUAAGGAUGGUUCAGGUAUUGGUAGGAAUGUAGGAAGCACCUCGUCAGGAUCAAAAGAUGGAGCUAUGGCCAGCUACGAUUUUUAUGGAUUGCCGCUCAAACCACAUAGGAACUUGACGCAUGAAGAACGUUUGUUGGCCUAUUUAUUUCGCGAUUACGAUCCAGUUGCGAGAGCAGUUGUUGAUACCGAUAAACCUGUCGACGUCUAUUUAGCCUUCGUACUACUAAGAAUACACGGCUUAGACGAAAGGUCUCAGGUGUUAACAACUACUGGACUCGUUAUUGCCGAGUGGAAUGAUGGUAGAUUAGAAUGGAAUCCUCAAGAUUUCGGGAAUCUUAGUGAAAUUGUCGUGAAAGCUGAUAAAAUUUGGUUACCGGAAAUCGCGGUCAUGAACGGAGCCGAUGAAUUAAAUCCCGACUUCGAACGAAUAAGGGUUCUAUUGAAUCAUCGGGGAGAACUUCACUGGGAACCGGGAGGAAUAUUUCGAACGACAUGCGAUAUCGAUAUUCAGUAUUUUCCAUUCGAUAGUCAGGCUUGCCCUAUGCUUAUUGGAGCCUACUCGUACCAUAGUGAUAAAAUGAACAUUUCAACCUUAGCUAGUGAGAUAUCAACGCAUGAUUUUCGAUUAAAUGGCGAAUGGCAAGUAUCAGGAACAUCCGCCACAAGAAACGAAACUAUCUUGGAUAUAUCAUCCGGAAAGGGUUAUGCUCACGUAGUGUUUAUGCUUUAUUUGAAGAGACGAUACCAAUUUUACAUGAUGAACAUUGUUCUGCCGUGCCUAAUGCUUUCCGCUCUCAUUAUGAUCGGCUUCUUUCUUCCGCCCGAAGCAGGCGAGAAAAUUAGUCUUGGUAUUAGUGUUCUCCUUGCUUUUACCGUCUUCCUCCUUAUGGUUGCAGACAAUAUCCCUCGAACUAGUCUAGCUAUUCCGCUUCUAGUUUUAUACUUGACUGCAACUAUGACCCUUGGUACUCUGUCAGUGUGUUUGACAGUUUUUGUGCUGAACGUUCACCAUCGGAAUCCUCGUUUUCCCGUCAAACCAAUUCUACGGACAGCAAUACUACGGUAUUUGGCAAGAGUUUUGCGUAUUCGAACAACUAUGAAUUGCAGUCGGGCGGAAAAUCGUGUUUACAUAAGAUCGGGGAAUAAGAACGGAAGACCAGAGGACAAUAAUGGACUGAUGGUUGACGAAGUUGAGUUGCUAUCAUUAACUAAAGUUAACCAUGGCAAAAGCGUGCAGGUCAGUAAUGGGCCAAAGAACUCAAAAAAUUCAUUGAUUCUUCGGCGAACGGAAAUCGACGAUGAAGUGACUGCGGCGGAUUAUUCGCAAGAUUGGCAUGAGCUCGCCAUGGUAUUAGAUAGACUCUUCUUUUGGUGCCUUUUUAUUGCUAUGAGCCUAUCAGCUGUUUUUAUUCUCCUUUAUCCAAAGUAUAUGGGUUUAGAAAACAGGCAAUCAGGCGAAGCAGUUUCUACACUUGAAUGA